CUUAACCGUCUUCCCUGGCCCCUCUUUCCUUUGGCUUUAGGGGAGAGGGGCGGGCAGAGUAUGGUGUGCCUGACUUGCUCUGUGGGACCCUUGGUCCCCAGGGAAUGAGUUGUCUCCGAGUGUCCUCACUGUGUCUUACUCAGCUCUGCCCUCUUCUUCCUCAAAGCUGAGUGAUUUCCCAACCUGAGCUCACAGCAGGCUCUAUUCCCCUCUCCUCUUCCAUCCACCUAGAGCACAUUCACACGCUGGCAGGAUGCCCAAACACACCCAUCACUGACUGCGCCCUGGGAGUGUGCUCUGUUCCCAUUACCUGGGCUCAUGGUGAUACCAAUUAUCAUGAGAUUAUCUGCCCCCUUCCACCCUUGAGCUCUUAGUUUGGACUGUCCCACAUUCACCUGAGACAGUGUAACCAGUCCUCCACCUAUGUGGUAUCACCAGUUCCUGUGACCCAUCCAAGGUACAGUCUGACCCAAACUCUCUCUUGCCUCCAUCGAGCCCUUCAAGUAUUUCCCUGAUUAAGUCCAGCAUUUCUCCAUCCUCAGAAUACUUAGAAUGUCAGAGAGCUAGAGGCGACCUCAGAAUCCUGACAAUACCCUGGCUCUUGGCUUCGGGCCCAGAUUCUUAAGAGUCCUCAGUGGUAGGAAUAGGGUCUAAAGUUUCUAACAUUUUGCUUUUUAAUAGCACUUUUUUUUCUAAUUACAAAGUAAUGCAUGCAUGCUCAAGCAGAAAACUUCGGAAAAGCAGAAAAGUAUAAGGGAAUUUAAAAAAUCACCCUAUUUAUCCCAUUUACCCCCUCAGUGGUCCAGUGCCUGGAACAGAUUAGGUGCUUAAUAAAUAUUUGUUGAAUGAAUUAUCUUUGAUCCCAUCACCCAGAGAUAAAAGCCACAAUCACCUUUUGAUUGUUUAUCCUUCCAGUCAUAGAUAUGUUAUCCUACCUAAAUAAGAUCAUAUUGUACACAGUUUUAUGGCCUGCUUUUUUUCUCUCGGCAAUAUACUAUGUGUUUUCCCAUAUUGAUAGCUUUUUUACAUCAUUAAUGCUUUCAUAUUAUUCUUCUAAUGGCUGUACCAUAAUUUUCCCAGCCAAUUCUCUACCAUUGGGCAUUUAAGUGAUUUCCAGUUUUCUGUUGUUACAACAUCUUGCCACUCAUCCUAGUACAUAUAUUUUUGUCCACAUAUCUAUUUUUUAGGAUGCAUUCCUAGAAGUGGAAUUGCUGGGUUAGAAGAGUAGGCACAUUUUAAGAUAUCUCAUGCAUACUGACAAAAUGGCACUGCUAAUUUACCCUCCAGGGCUAUUGCCAGUUUUCAAAAAGACCUAACUAAGUAAAGAAAAUCUGGUACAUUUUAUCUCUGACUAGGUAACACAGACUCAUCAACUCUAAGCUUUUGGCCAGAAUUACAGCAAUUCCGACCCACCAUGUUAGUUAUUGACACUUGCUGACCGGAAGCUAACUGGCUAUCAGGUUUUGGAUCAGUAUGGAAAGAGAAAGCGAGUUAGUGACUUAAAACCUAUCAACUCUUCCGGGGGCCAAAAUAUUCAAAACCUGGUGACCCGUGAGGAUUCCUAGUCAUGAAAGCAUUGGGGACAACUGGACCCCGGUGUUUGGCAUGGGCCCAGGACAGAAUCUUAAUUCUACAGGUGGGACACUGUGACCCUGCCAGUGUCUAAACCCCCAACUCUCCUGACUCAAAGUCCACGCUGCUGCCCCAACUUAGUGCUACUCAAAGGAGGGCCACCCACUUGCCCCAACCUGCCCUGCCCCGGAAGGCGCCGCACACCGGCAGCGCCGCCCUGGCGGUGACCUGAUGCGGUUCAGCUGGCAGCUGCGCACGCUCCGUCCUGCGCGCAGCCUCCAGGCGCCAGAGGGCGCGCUCCUCUCCAAGGCCCUGCCCCCACGGCCCCGCCCCCGGAGCCGUUGGAAUUUGAAUCUCCGGCGGGCUGCGGCUGCAGGUGUCGACCCCUCAGUCCGGCAUGGAGAGCCCGGGCCCCAGCGCACGGUGCCCGGUGCAAGAGCAGCGUGCUCGUUGGGAGCGGAAACGCGCCUGCACUGCCCGGGAGCUGCUGGAGACCGAGCGGCGCUACCAGGAACAGCUGGGGCUGGUGGCCACGGUGCGGGGCCCGCACACCCUCCCUACUUCGUGGGGAUUCUGAGAGCCAAGGGCACCCUGCGACCACCAGAGCGCCAGGCCCUGUUUGGGCCCUGGGAGCUCAUUUACGGCGCCAGCCAAGAGCUGCUUCCCUACCUCGAAGGAGGGCGCUGGGGACAGGGGCUGGAGGGCUUCUGCCCCCACCUGGAGCUCUACACCCAAUUUGCUGCCAACGCUGAGAGGUCCCGGACCACCCUGCAGGAGCAAUUAAAGAAGAACAAACGUUUCCGGAGGUUUGUGCGACUUCAGGAAGGUCGCCCUGAGUUUGGGGGCCUUCAGCUCCAGGACCUGCUCCCUCUGCCUCUGCAGAGGCUCCAGCAGUAUGAGAAUCUUGCCAUUGCUUUGGCUGAAAACACAGGUCCCAACAGCCCUGACCAUGAACAGCUCACAAGGGCUGCCCGGCGGAUAAGUGAGACUGCCCAGAGAGUCCACACCAUCAGUCAGAAACAGAAGAAUGACCAGCACCUCCAGCGUGUCCAGGCUCUGCUCAGUGGACGGCAGGCAAAGGGGCUUGUCUCAGGUCGCUGGUUCCUACGCCAGGGUUGGCUGCUGGUGGUGCCUCCCCGAGGGGAGCCUCGGCCCCGAAUGUUCUUCCUCUUCUCUGAUGCACUCCUCAUGGCCAAGCCUCGACCCCCAUUGCAUCUGCUGCAGAGUGGCACCUUUGCUUGCCAGGCCCUCUACCCUAUGGCCGAGUGUCAACUCCACAGGGUCUUUGGCCACUCAGGAGGCCCCUGUGGUGGACUGCUCAGCCAGCCAGAAGAACUAGAGGAAUCUUACAAAUUCGAGUCCAGGAUACCUCAGGGAGAGGUCAGAGUCGGAAGUACAAAGGAAUCUUCUUCAGUACUAACAAAACACAGACUCUUCAUGGUUUGAGAAGGGUCAUUCUGUGUUUGCGUGAGACUGAGACACGCCAUGUCAUUUGACCAGCUCUUAAGAAUCAGGACACCAAACCUGACCCAACUGAACCUCAGCUGAACCAGCUAUUUUUAUGUUGUAUGUAGUUUCUAUAAUUUAUUUUCCCACAGGAUUUUAGUAAAGUUUUUUCUUUUUUGGAGAAGCCUUUUUAUCUCACUCAGCUAUGCAAUAUGAGAAAAGGGAUUUUUGUGCCCUGAAGGCUGGCAUGACGGUGGCCUCAGGAAUACAAAGAGAAGGACUGGAGCUCCCUCUGUCUUCUCAGCUCCUGCACUGGAAGACAGCCUCUUUGUGUCCUAAUAAGGGAAGCGUUUCAAGAAGGCCCGGUUGUUUUCAGGCACCUAG